GCAGUGUGGCGUGGGAGGGGAGGUAUUUUCCGGCUGCCGUAGAGCAGGUUGUGUUGAGUGGGGGAGUCACGAAGAACCGCAGAAGAAAAACAAAACACAAAACUUCAUUUAUUUUCGCUCCAAAGGCAGAUCGGUUGGGUUUGUGAAUCUGCCCGGUGUCGCGAUGUUGGUGACGGUGUUCUGUGUGCGUAGAGACCGCUCGGAAAUCACCUUUUCCCUGGAGGUUUCGGCGGAGCUAGAGCUUCGGGAUUUCGUGGCGCUGUGUGAGCUAGAGUCGGGAAUCCCAGCCUCGGAGAUACAGAUCACCUUGGCUGAGCAGCCCCUGUCGAACCCUCAGCUUGCUCUGGCAUCGUACGGAUUGAAGGAUGGUGACGUGGUGGUGCUGCGGCAGGAGGAGCGACGGCCUCCCACGCAGCCGCAGUUUCCAAACCUGCCUCGAAUUGAUUUCAGCUCCAUCAGUGUGCCAGGGACUUCUGCUUUACAGCCAUCACCACAACGGCAGCGUCAACGACAGCAGCAGCAGCAGGAACAGUCUCCUCUCCCUCCCCCACCUCCCUCUCUGAACCCUAGCUCCAGCUCCAGCUCCUCUCAACAGGGUUUGGACGACCCUGCGCUAUUGAGAGACAUGCUGUUGGCCAACCCUCACGAGCUGUCGCUGCUGAAGGAGAGGAACCCGCCCCUGGCUGAGGCGCUACUCAGUGGAGAUUUGGAGCGGUUCACAAAGGUGCUUCUGGAGCAGCAGCAGGAGAGAGCACGCAGAGAGCAGGAGAGGAUCCGACUCCUGACUGCAGACCCCUUCGACCUGGAGGCACAAGCCAAGAUAGAGGAGGACAUCAGGCAGCACAACAUUGAAGAGAACAUGACUUUUGCUAUGGAAGAGGCCCCAGAGAGCUUCGGCCAGGUCGUGAUGCUCUACAUCAACUGCAAGGUCAACGGGCACCCAGUCAAAGCCUUUGUGGACUCGGGUGCCCAGAUGACCAUCAUGAGCCAGGCGUGUGCUGAGCGGUGUAACAUCAUGCGUCUGGUGGACCGGCGAUGGGCGGGGAUCGCCAAGGGAGUGGGCACACAGAAAAUCAUUGGCAGAGUCCAUCUAGCUCAGGUUCAGAUAGAGGGAGAUUUCCUGCCCUGUUCCUUCUCGAUUCUAGAAGACCAGCCCAUGGAUAUGCUUCUGGGACUUGACAUGCUGAAGCGCCAUCAGUGUUCGAUAGACUUGAAGAAGAACGUUGUGCUGAUUGGCACCACAGGCUCAGAGACCCGCUUUCUGCCUGAGUCCGAGCUGCCAGAUUGUGCCCGUCUGGCGUAUGGACCAGGCAGAGAGGACACCCAGCCAGACGAGAUCGCUGACAGGGAGCUGGCUGAAGCGCUGGAAAGAUCCGUCCAGGAGUCUGAAAAAGAAGAUGGGAAAACUACCUCACCAGAAUCCCCUCCAUUCCCAUCCCGACCCCCCUGUCUUCUCCCCAACUGUCCCUCAGGAUACCCUCCCCCCGCCUUUCAGCCAAAUAGCCAAGUCCUCGAUCGAUCAGCUUCAGCCCCAGCCUCCUUGCCUCCCCACAAAUCCACUGUAAGCUCCCAGCCCCAGAUCGUGAGCUCCAGUCCAACAGCAAAGGAAUGCCAACCCUCCCCAGAUGACUCCCAGUUUCAGGGUCUCUCUGAAAACCUCUAUGCAGCCACUGAUCCUAAUGCUGACUUCAAAGAGAAGCACACAGCAAGCUGCACAGGCCAGAACAGUUUCCAAGAUCAGAUUCACAAGCUGAGUCCUCCUGCUAUUCAUCCCCAAACGUCUGGCACUUCAGACUGUGUCGCAGGGCAGGGCUUUGGCUUAGACAUUGGGCCUCCAGAACAAAGCCCUUCUUUGGAAAACGUGUCACCGAAAUUUCAAGAGUCCCCGGCUCGAAAUGUUGACCAUUUACCUCCAGAGCGCUCAGGCUUGGCUAGGGGACUUCCUGCAGAUCUCAAGUCCCAGGACAUGCCUGUCAGCGACCUGGGAACAGAUCUGCCAAAUGAGUCCACUGUCAGCCUUCCAUACGAGCCUGAUUUCCAGAGCUGUGUCUCUUUGGACUCUCAACACCAAACCACUGCACAAGCAGGGAUUGAUUCUGAUGACAAAGAUCCAAAAAUUCAGCAGUCAGGGAUGGCCCUUGGAUGUAAGUUUGGGGCGGGUGAAGUAACUCUUGCCAAGAACUGCCAAGGUUCUGCUGAGAACUUUGCAAGCUACGAGCAGAGAACUGAGACCAUUUCAGGAGAGCUAGAAACAGAAAUCAACAGAGGUCCCAGUAGCCCUGGAACUCAGCUGGAAAACACAGAAAUGGAGCUGGAGAUGACCUACCCUGAGCAACCCGACCUUGACCACAAAGAUUCUGGGUUGGAAUUAAAUGCACCGGAGUGUCUGUCUAAUUUGACCCUACCUAACACUCAGUCUGAAGACAUGGGCUGCAGUGAUUUGGUGGAGGACAGCUCUGCUGAUGCUCAAGACUUAAUGGAGAGUCUACCGACUUCUUUACCUGAGAGAAAUCAGCCAGAGGGCAGCAUGUUUUCUGAGGAAAGUGGUCCAUCUCUUGCGGCCGCCCUGCUGGAGCUUCAUGAACUUUUGGUUGCCAACCGCCAAGCCUCCCACUCCCUCGUAUCAGAGAUGAAAACAGAUUUGCAGAGGGAGGACGCAGAGGGGAUGAAUGUGUCCGACUCAAGCUGCUCCGUGGGAAGUACAGAGCGAGUAAGUGAGGUGACAACUGACACAGAGGGAGUGAUUGCCAAAACUGAUGGCACUGAAUUCCCUUGUUCCUUCUCUAUAGAAACACCUACUGAGGUAGAACUGGAGCCCUCAAACAGAAGCCAACAAACGGAUGUCCCAGAAAAGGACGAUCACGCAUUGGAUUCACUGGCAGACUGUGCUUCGUCAGGCCCAACCUUGGAUAUCCUGCCUGAAAGAGCUGAACAGGAAGUGCCCCCUUCUGAAGGCCAUGCUCAUAGAAUACCACCAGAGGGCAGGCAGGAAAGGGGAGUUGCAGAUGGAAGAGCUGCUGUACUGGUAAACCCGGAGGCUGAGAUGGAAGUGCCAUUGAGCUCUGAUUUCGGUCUGCCAGUCUCAAGAGCUCCAGGACACCAAGACGCACCACUUCCAACCAUGGAGGCGAGUCCUUUUGGACAUUCUUCUUCCAGCUCUUCUCUCCCAGGGCCCACAGCCUCCUUUCCGGCCGGCCAGAUCGAGAGGAUUACAAAUGCUGGCUUUACAGUGCAGGAAGCAGUGAAGGCCCUGGAGCAAUUCCAUGGAAAUGCUGAACUGGCCCUCCUUGUUUUGCUAUCUCGGGGCAUCGUGGUACCCAUUUAAUCCACCCAGAAUGGGUGCCCUGGGACAACCCCACUGCUGCAGUGAGCCUAAACCUCCCAAAGGAUCACAGCCAACCUUUUCCAAAUGAGACACUGACCAUGCAGAGAGCCACCCCUAUUGAGAAAUAACACAUGAAUGCAACUUCAGAUGCAUCAGAAGCUUGCCACUUCUUGACCAGUCAGAAGUUUACUCUGUUGCAUCUUAAGUGUUAGCUGCUAUUUAACAUUUUUCUUCUUGGGUCAUCUUCAUUGUGUGUUUAGCCAGUUGCAUUUAAGAGGGAGGGGAAGGGAUCUGUUACAGUUUUUCAUGUGGGAAAGGCCGAAGGGACCCUAGAUCAAGUUGUUAGGGUUACUCCGUCUGGAAUUCACAGUCAUGUGUACUUUGAUGUCAUGCUUCCCAUAUAAACUGAAUGAUUGGAAAAUGUCAAGGAAGUGGGACUACACACUUGGUGCUGACAUCACAGCUGGCUUUACAGAGAAUGUGCCAUCUGGACACUAGACAUAACGAUUGCCAUUGAAGUGGAGGAGCAUGUAAAGCAUACAUUACGACCACAGCUUUCCAAAGGGCUGCACAUUGUGUAUCGUGUCCAUUCAGCAUUAUAACUCAGGCUUCAUCUGUCCUAUAAAUCAGGAUUAGUGUCAUUUUACGCGAAAUUGCUUGAUCCAAUUUUGUGUUUUUUUUUUUCUUUCAUUCAGUUUCUUUUUAAGGUAUUGGUUCAUCAAUCAGACCAUUUUAAUCCUCGCUAUGAUCUUGUAUACAUGACAAAAUAAAAUUGGUUCUUUUAUAUUUUAAA